GUGUCAGUUUAGUUCAGCAGCAGUCAGUCAGUCAGUGCAGUGGCGAGAGAGAAAAAGUUGAGUCGACAAAUUUGUGAAGUGAAAAAAGUGAAUUUUCUACUGCGUUCGAGUUUGGUUCGUGCGAAGAUAAACCUACUCCCUCGAGUUGUGGAUUACACGAACCGAGUAGCGGCCAGGGUCGGCUUUAGAGACGAGACAACUUUUAAACAAUUUGUGUUGAUUGAUCAGCCAGGAUGGCGACCAGGAAAAAGGUCCUGCUGAAGGUGAUCAUCCUCGGCGAUAGCAGCGUCGGCAAGACUUCGCUGAUGAACCAGUACGUGAACAAGCGCUUCUCGAACCAAUACAAGGCCACGAUCGGGGCGGACUUUCUCACCAAGGAGGUGGUAAUUGACGAUCGGGUUGUCACGAUGCAGAUUUGGGACACGGCCGGCCAGGAGCGGUUCCAGUCGCUCGGAGUGGCGUUCUACCGCGGGGCGGACUGCUGCGUGCUGGUGUACGAUACGACCGCGCCGAACACCUUCAAGAAUCUCGACUCGUGGCGGGACGAGUUUCUGAUCCAGGCGAGCCCGCGCGACCCGGACCACUUUCCGUUCGUUGUGCUCGGCAACAAGAUCGAUCUGGAGAAUCGUGCGGUGUCAACGAAGCGUGCCCAGCAGUGGUGCCAGGCCAAGAAUGAUAUUCCCUACUUUGAGACGUCGGCCAAGGAAGGCAUCAACGUAGAUCUUGCGUUCCAGACGAUUGCCAAAAACGCGUUAGCCCAGGAGAGCGAGGUUGAACUCUACAACGAGUUCCCGGACCAGAUCAAGCUGAACGCGGACCGCAACAACCGGCCCCGAAACGGUGACAACUGCUCGUGCUAACUGCUACUAAAUAGGUAAAUUUCUAACAAAAAAACUAUGAACUAAACAAGGAGGAAGAAGCAACAAUUGCGCACGCGCGAUCGCGACAGGUACGACGAAAGCGCGGCAGGAUAAACAUCAGAUCAGAAUGGGGACAGCCGCCGACCCGCAGUAGUUGAACGAUUGAUUUAUAUUUUUUUUCGAUUUAAGAGCAAAAACGUUUUGAACAACAAUAUUGAAAGCAUAGAAAACCGUAAAGUAUGUAUAUUCAAUAGAGAACACCUUAUGCAACAUCAAGUUUGGCGCUUGACAGUGACUUUUCUGGAGCUUUCUUUCUAACAAAAAUAAACAAAUGCAUGCCAGAAGUUUUCAUGCAGUGGGUCUGGAACUAUUCUAUCUUUCACGUUGCAAGGGAAAACUCCAAUUAUGUUGAAACACAUUUAUUUACACUCUUCGUAACGGUAGAAUCAAUAAAACAAAAACAAUUCAAAACAAUAUGAAUGAUGAUGUAUAGUUUUUAUUAAGUAUAUGUUUUGAUUGAGCAUCAAUGCAGCAGCAAAAUUUUGUUUAAAGGCUUAAAUCUGAUUCUGGGUAGGUAGAGAUGAUUUAGCGUGUAAUAGUAAAUCAAGUUUAACAAUUGUUUAUCUCACUACGAAGCUCUUUCGUUAGUUUACAAAAAAUCGAAAGCACUCGGUACAACAAAAACAUAUUUUCACUGAAAUUCCAAUAGUACGGUUAGAUUCUGCUCGCUUUUGAUGCUUCAUAAUUAAAUUAUUGACUAAAAACAAGAAAAUGCUAUAGAAUCUAGCUAAUAAAUGAUACAAUACAAGAAAAACAAAAAAAAAACAGCUGAGUAGAAUAACAAUACAAACGAUCAAUGUCUUACAAGAUGGAAUACAGAAGUACUAACAUAAAACAAAACAACAGCAAACAAACAAACAAAUUUUAGGCAGUGGCAGCAGUAAGUGUUGUGUGAAAAUAGUAAAAUAAAACUUUCAAACCCCCCAAAAUUGGACGAGCUUGACCUUCAAAAAACAAAAUAAACUACUCUCCCUCAUUUUUUUGUUACUUCAACCAUGUUAAAAUAGCAACAACAAAAAAGGAUGCAAUUACAAUAAAAACAUUACACAGAAACACAUUAAAACACACAGUUUGACCAUCCAUGUGGUGAGUGAAAAUAGCGGAAAGAAAUGGGUUACUUCAAAAUUUGAAAUUCUUUUCGAGGUAAUAUUUAACAUUCGAUUGAAGUUGUAGCGAUUUAGUAGCCACAGAACCGUCAGGAGAAGAACGAUGAUUGAUUACAGACAACUAUUUAAAAUAGAUAUAAACAAUAUAACACAUAAUAAAAGUGAUAAAAUAAAAAUAAAUAAAA